AUUCUUGCUUCAGUCUAACGGCGCACGGCCCGACCUGGCUCACCUGAAAAGAACAGACUUAUGAUUCGGGAAGAGUCACCGGGUAAGUCGAGGUAAAAAUUGCACCAGCAAGCAUGGACGAGCGAAACUUGCGGAACGCCAACGCGAAGGUGGACCUCGAGCUGGACCUGUUGAAAGUGCCGAUAGUCAGCGAGAGAGACCAACACACAUACUGCAGCGGAAGUUUGAACAGCCGUCUCAAGGACGAGCCUCUCGCUGUGAGACUGGCCUCCACUUACAGGUCCUUGAGGUACAUAUACGACAGGGGAGACAACCCGCGGAGGGUCGCGAGCGGCGACGGAGCCGCGGCGGAGGCGAACGCCGGUCAGCUGGAGAUCGACGCCGGCGAGCCGCCGCCGGCCGACGAGUCUCUCUUCUUCGACAACGGGGAGUGCAGGCAUCCCUACGUGAACGGCGCCAGACUGCGCUCGGCCAUAUGGUCUAUCGUCAGCCCGGCGGAGACGAGGCUGCUGCUGCAUAUGGAGAAGUGCGACGUGCUGCCGAGCGCGUGCAAGAGCGAGAGACUGCGGAACGUCGCCUACAUCUGGGCUGCUUACCGCGGCCUGCUGCAGCUCCUGCCGCAGCUGGAGCAAGCUGGCGCGCGGCACGACUACGUGGAGUCGCGUUCCGGCGUGAACGCUCUGCUGGCGGCCUCGUUAGGCGACAAGGUGGCUUGCGUGGAGUACCUCAUCAAGAAGGGCGCCGACGUGAACUAUGAGAACCUGAUCAACCACUACACGAUACUCCACGUGGUAGCCCUUGGCAACAGCUGGCACGCCGCGGCCACCUUGCUGGACUACGGCGCCAGGCUGAAUUACUCCGGUCAACAAGAAAUGGUCGAGCCCAUCCUGCACAGCGCCGUGAGGGCGAAGGCCGUGGAGACGGUGACGGUGCUGCUCGAGCGCGGCGCCAGCGUGGUCGAGAAGAACCACCUGGGCCAGACGCCGCUGCACGUGGCCUGUUCCGUCCAGUCAAUGGCCUGCGUCGAGCUGCUGUCGGCCGGCGCUGCGGUUGCCAAUAUCAUCAACGCCGUGGAUCGGGAGUACCGGACGCCCCUGCACUUCGCCGUCAUGAGCACUGACUCGUCCGUCGAGCUGGUGCAGCUGCUGCUUAAGCGCGGCGCUCUGGUGAACGCCGCCGACAAGACCGGCUUCACACCGCUGCACAUCGCCGCCUUGAACGAGCAAUCGCGCUGCGUCGACGCGCUCAUCUGGGCCGGCGCCGACAUCAGCGCGACCACGUGCACCGGGCUGUCCGCGUUGAACGUCAUACUGAAGAAGAUCCCGGAGUCCUUGCACGUGUUCCGCCAACGACUGGACGCCUCCAUCAGGCUGACCCGGCCGGUAUCGCACAACCGGGAGUUCGAGAUGAAGCUGCACUUCGACAUCCUCUUCCCCAGCAACAACCAGUGCGAGACCAGCUUCAUCAACACCUUCGUGCAGGAGCACCGGAAGGACCUGCUGUCGCAUCCGCUGGUUAUGGCUUUCUUGCACCUCAAGUGGGAGAAGAUCCGCAAGGUCUACCUGCUGAGAAUAUUCCUGUACGCGAUGACGGUGAUCUGCAUGACCACCUAUGUGUUAACCGCGCUCGCCUACAAGUGUUACAAUCACGAGACCAACAACUCGAAGAUAUGCAGCGGCAAGAAGAUCUCCUUCCUCUUCAGGCGACCGGUCAUCGAGAUCGAAUGGUAUCUUGCGCUGGCGUUAACGUGCAUCACGAUACCGCGGAAGGUGAUCGGCUUCAUGGUCCACAAGUCGGCGAUCCAGUACUUCUCCAACAUCGACAACGUGUUGGACGGUGUGGUGAUAGUCAGCAUAUUCGUCACGUCCUUCAUUUAUACCGGCCGCACUUACGACUGGCAGAACUACGUGGGUGCGUUCGCUAUACUCUGCGCGUGGACCAACCUGAUGCUGAUGGUGGGCCAACUGCCCGCCUUCGGCACCUACGUCGCCAUGUUCACUCACAUCCAAUUCGAAUUCGCCAAGCUUCUGUUGGCCUAUUCAGGACUGCUGAUCGGCUUCACCAUCAGCUUCUGCGUCAUAUUCUCGGGUGAACCCGCAUUCGGCAAUCCCUUCACCGGUCUGAUCAAAGUCCUGGCGAUGAUGGCCGGUGAGCUGGACUUUGAGGGGCUCAUUAAUCAGUCGGACGAGCCGGCGACUGGCUCCUUUGUUAUUUAUCAUCCUCUGUCGGUGUGCUCGCAGAUUCUUUUCACGCUAUUCAUAGUGUUUGUCACCGUGAUCUUGAUGAACCUGUUGGUCGGCAUUGCCGUGCACGAUAUACAGGGUCUGAGGAACCACGCUGGGCUCACGAAGCUGGUGAGACAGACGAAACUGAUACUCUUCACGGAAAUGAUACUGCACAACGCGAAGAUCCCGUACGCUUUCCGCAAAUGGAUGUCGGACCACAAGAUCGACGUCGAGAAUCGAAAACGAGUGCUCGUGGUGAAGCCGCUGAAUCCUCUGGAGAAACGAUUGCCCAAAGAUAUAUUGAAGGCCGCUUACGAAAUAGCGCAGAAGAACAUCCCCUUCAUGAACGACGACGUCAGCCUGAGCGAUCACGUCGCUUGGGUGAAGCGGCAGAACGAGGAGCUCUCUGACGCUGCUGUGCACAUGGCGAUCGAGAGACUGGUCACCACGGUGAAAAUGAACGAGGACGCUGUGAAAUUGUUAAAAGUGGAAUUAAUGGAAAUGAACAAAAUGCUGAAGACUCUUAUAACGACAUUAGCAAGAGGCCGUACCUCGUCAUAAACUAGACGAUUUGCCGUCAGAGCGAUCCGAUUGUAUUCCCAUUAUUAUUCACGAACAUGAUGGAUAAAAUUGAUGUUGAAGUUACGAUUGCCAAUGGAGG